CUCCAAUCUCGGAAAUUCACAUUCUAGCUAUUCAUCCAUCCUUGAAAUUAAAGACACUUUUAUUUCGAUUAUCUUACAUAUCUAAUCAAUAAAAUGGGGAUCAUGAAACUAGUGGGGAUGGCCGAGGCAAAGAAGAAGCUUGGAAGAACAUUAACUCCUAGGGGCAGGAAUAAAAACGAGAGUAGCGACGAAGCGGUUGUUCCGAAGGGGCACUUCGCCGUGUACGUCGGAGAAGCGCGGCGGCGGUUCGUCGUUCCGAUCGAGUAUUUGACGCAUGCUUUGUUCCAGGAUCUGUUGAGUUGGGCGGAGCAAGAGUUUGGGUAUGAGCACCCCACCGGCGGUCUGACAAUCCCAUGCAGUGAGGAUUACUUCUUAAGCCUCACUUCCCUUCUUAGCUCCCAGCAAUCGCAAUAGGAGAUGUAAUCUAUGGGCUACUCAAUUACGAGUGAUAUAGUAGUUUAGAACGACAUGUUUAUAGUAGGAAUUGAAUUGAUAUUUUAGUCUUGACCAUAAUAUUUACCGCCUUGGUAAAAUAUACUUGGGUUAUAUGGAUAUUGUUACGUACGUACGUUGGUACGAUUUGAGUCCAAAUAAUUGUACCAAUAACACUUAAUGAGACAUCUUCAUUCACCAUUCUCAUAUAUUCAGA